AUGGAGGAGAGACCACAGCAUUGCCUGUCCAGAUUACCAGACAACUCUGCCCUGAAGCAGCAGGAGUUACCCGCCCACCGGCUAUAUUUCACGGCCAGGAGAGUUCACUUUGUCUUUUUCGCAACAGGAAUAUUCUGCCUUUGUAUGGGCAUCAUCCUUAUAUUGUCUGCAAGGAGCACUCAGGAAAUAGAGAUUAAUUACACAAGAACAUGUGCAAAUUGUGCAAAACUUCGAGAAAAUGCCUCUAAUUUUGACAAGGAAUGCACCUGCUCUAUUCCCUUUUACCUUUCAGGAAAAAUGAUGGGUAAUGUUUAUAUGUACUACAAAUUGUAUGGCUUCUAUCAGAACCUGUAUCGAUAUAUUCGAUCCAGAAGUGAUACACAACUGGUGGGCAAAGAUGUGAAAGCUGUUGAGGAUUGUGCCCCAUUUAAAACGUCCAACAAUAAGACCCCCAUCGUUCCUUGUGGUGCUAUUGCCAACAGCAUGUUCAAUGACACCAUAAUUCUUUCAUACAACAUUAAUGCAUCUGUACAAAUUAAAGUGCCAAUGUUAGAGAGUGGACUUACGUGGUGGACAGAUAAAUAUGUCAAAUUUCAGAAUCCAAGUUCCGAGAAUCUUGCUGAUGAAUUUAGAGGAACCACAAAGCCCCCAAACUGGCCCAAGCCUAUCUAUGACUUGGAUAAAAAGGAUCCGAGAAACAAUGGCUUCCUCAAUGAUGACUUCAUUGUGUGGAUGCGGGCAGCUGCCUUUCCCACUUUCAAAAAACUGUAUGGUCGACUCAAUCGAACACACCAUUUUAUAGAAGGCUUGCCUGCUGGUAAUUAUAGUUUCAACAUAACCUAUAGUAUCCUUUUAUACCACUUUUCUUUCUGGAGAUGA